AUGCCAAUGUGCACACCCUACCAAACAUUUCAAUGCAUCGAUCAGUACAUUCGAUCACAAGUCAAUGGUACCGACUAUUUCCGCAUGCCGCAAUGUAAGGAAUGCAAAAUCGAGUGUAACAGUCUCGUCUAUCACGCCUACAACUCUUACGGUUCGGGGUUCAGUAAUGGUGCGCUGAAAUGGUUGAGUCGCAAGAAUCCUGAGUGGAGCAAAGCUCAUAUGAGGACCAACUUUCUCACGGUAAACGUUUUCCAUCGUGACAUGGCACACACUGAAUACAAACAAGUGAAGGCUACCUCACUGACGGAAACUCUCAGUGACAUCGGCGGUAACAUGGGCAUGUUCCUGGGUAUGUCCCUGAUCACAGUCACCGAGAUUAGCCUGUUCAUGUCGAAAAUCGGAUGGAUUGCUUUCUCCAAACGUAGGCGUGACUACCUAUUUAACAAGAAGCAACGAGAAAGGGAAGAGAAGAAACAACUAGAGGAGACGGUAUCCGUGUUCAGCACGUUGCGCAGCCGGAAAUUCGGCACGAUUGGUGACUCAUUCCGUGCCACUCAGUCGCGAAUACGUACACUCAGCAGGCAGUUCCGUGGCAGCUCUAGAGAUUCCAAAUCAAGCAGUACUGAUGCAGCACCGCUGGUAAGUUCAAUGAAACUGACGAACCCGGGAUGGAAUUUAUAA